AAACAUAAUUCAUCCGAUGAAUGCUGGAAAUUAGAUACAAAACAUAGCAAACAGGACUGAGGGCAAACAUUGUACUUCUUAUGCGUAUUGGAGUUUUUGAAUUAGUUACUUGGUGUAGUGAUUCUAGAAAAUUUUCUAGUGUUCGAUGGACAUAGUUUAUCAUGACAAUUUAUAACUACUUCCAUCCUAAUUAUUUAAUAUACCAUGGUCUUUACCUUGAGCCACAAAUCUCACGUCAACAGAAUACUUCUAUCCCAUCUAUAACCAUUUAACCCAACGGACACUCACCUUGAAUAUGGCACAUAUUCGGAUGGUGUUAUGCUAUUCAAAUCCAAUAUGAUUAUACUUCUUGCUGUAUUCGUGCUUACAUUUACUAGUACCUCUCCAUUUGGUGCAAGCUCUAGCAGCAAUGUCUGUGAUUCGCAACAGAAACUGUUCGAUCCCAUUAUCAAGGGCGGAAAAGCCUUAGAAGUAUUCUACUUCGUCAACGAUACAAAAGAAACGAUUCAGUUGACAUGGGCAGGCGAAAACAGUGGGGUUUUGAUACUAGUGACGAUGACUGAGGGGGAGUCUGGCCCUGGACUAACAUCCGACAUAUAUCGUAGUGACAACAAUGGUAAAACGUUCACAAAAAUUACUCAGCAGUUGGGUGAGAAUAUUUACAUCCGGAGAGAAAAUGGCCUUCAACGUCAUCAAAAUCAGAGAGAUUCGAAAGAACUAUUUGUAAUAUGUUAUGAUGUGGAAAAUAUGACCAGGUCUAUGAUUUUUGUAACUGAAGAUGGGGGUUCUACUUGGGAAAGGUCUAGUGUACCAUUUGUCUUAAGUGGUCAGCUGCGUUUUUAUCCACGUGAAAGACUUUCUCCAUGGGUUCUAACUUUAGAAGAGAAAACCUCGAUUUUAUAUUUGUCACUUGAUAACGGAAAAACAUGGAAAAACAUUCACGAUAAUGUUGUAGAUUACUUUUGGUCUGUUUACGAAAUGGAUCCAGGAGAAACAGUGUACAUACUUUAUCAUCCACAAUCCAGUAAAAAUGCAAGUGAAAGGCACGUACUGGCAAAAUCUUCUGAUUUUGGAUUAACUUGGACUGAACUAUUGAAGGAUGUUAUAAGAGUAUGGGCUCCACGUGGAGUUAAAGUUGACAUCCCCAGACCGCAUGAUAAAAGUAGUAUUUCGUUUGAUUCGGAGACAGAGCAAGACUAUGAAACGACAAAACUAGGGCACUUUCUCUACGCGUCACACUUUGCAGAUACCAAGAACCAAACUGUACAACUUAGCGUGUCAACUGACGGUGGUCAGACAUUCAAUAAAGCUCACUUACCGACUAUACAAGCAGAAAGGUUUUAUUCAGUUUUGGAAGUUGAAGAUGAUUCAGCGUUUGUUCAUGUGGAUGCACCUAAUGACACUGGUUAUGGAGCAUUAUUUAUAUCCGAUAUCAGUGGUGCAAUAUUUAGUGAAUCACUACGACAUCAUUUAUACCCAAAUCAUGCACCUGUGACAGAUUUCUAUCGUGUAGCAUCAAUGCGUGGUACAUAUUUGGCCACACGUUUAAAUCCAGAUCGUACAUUGUAUACAGUGAUUACACAUGAUCGUGGUGCAAGUUGGCAUCCUUUAGGAACACCGAUAAAUGUUCAAGAUACUUGUCAAAGUAAACCAGCAACAUCAACGACAUCGUCAACAACAACAACAACCACAGAUGCGACAGCAGAGGCAAUAAUAACAGAGACUACAGUUAGUGGUGCUUCUAUGUCUACUGUUAAGGCCAACACUAAUAAUAAUAAUACGAUGGAUAAUGCGGGUAGUGAAGACAUCAAUGAUGUAAUCAGUACAUCUGAUAACUCUUUGACUUCGACGACAAAUAGUCCUUCGAAAGAUCCUGUACAGACAAAUAUCGAGAGUUCUACUCCAAGUGAAAUAUGGAGACCUGAUCCAAAUAUGAGUGAUUUAUUGUCUACAGACCCGUCAUCAGUAAAGGUUUGUGGUUUACAAAUAAGCAAUCAAUUCAGCAUUAAAAAUCGUGUUAUUGCUUCUCCACCAUUAUCAAUAGCCGCAGCACCAGGAUUGAUAUUAGCUCAUGGACAUGUAGCAACACAUUUGAAAAAUACACCAGCCGAUGUGUUUGUUAGUUCUGAUGGUGGAUAUACAUGGCUUAAAGCACUUGAUGGACCACAUCAUUAUCAAAUAGCUAAUCGUGGAGGUUUAAUUGUAGCUGUCCCAGCUGAAACUCUGUGGCCAGAUGUUUUACGUUUUAGUACAGAUGAAGGUAAAUGUUGGCAUACUAUUCCAUUACGUACUGGACAAUGGAGUAUUAACGAAUCAAAUCGAUAUCAAGUUAACAAUAAUGAAGAUGAUUCAAUGAAAAGUCAAACUCAUCAUGAUGAUAUGUUGGAUGAUAGUGAAGACUCUGUGGAUAAGAUUAAAUCAGCUUCAGUAAAAGUAACAGAUAUACCUUCUACAUCUGAAGAACAAAGGAUUGUUUUUGAUAAAAACACAAUUCCUACUACUACUGGACCAAGUUCGGAUGCUGCUUCUCGUACAACGACCACCAUAACCACUAUUACUACUACUGUUAAUACCAGUACAGUAAACAAUAUCAAUAAUGAUACUAAUAAUAUUUCACUUAUAAACCAAUUGCAUGCAGACAGUCAUCAACAAUUUCAAACCAAUGAUGAUAAAUGGUCGUCUGCAUCAUCAACUUCAUCCCAAAGAACUGAUGAAAUAGUUGUGUUUACUGGAUUAGUUACAGAACCAGGUGGUAGAGCUAUGGCUGCUGCUGUAUACGGUUAUGGUACAGCUACACAAAGAUGGAGAGUAGCAGUAGUUGAUUUUCGAACAAAUGGAAUGAUCAAACGAAAAUGCACACCUGAUGAUUAUGAAACUUGGAUACCGCAUUCAUCUAAUGAAGGUGGUAAAGAUGGUUGUCUACUUGGUGUUCGUGAACAAUUCAAACGAUUAAAAAAAGAUUCCCUUUGUGCAAAUGAAUAUGAAAUGGAAACGCGUGUACAAGUGGAAUUUUGUCCAUGUACUCAAAGUGAUUAUGAAUGUGAAUACGGAUUUUAUCGUCAACCGGGAUCAUUAAAUUGUAUUCGAAACCCCUAUAUUCCACCGUUAGAUCCUUGUACAUUACCAAGAAAACAGCGUCAAACUAUUCAUCAACUAGGUUAUCGUUUAAUACCAGGUGAUCGUUGUGUUGGCGGUUGGCAGCCUCCAAUAUGGAAUCAAACUAUUUUAGAUUUGAUCAAAUCAUGUCCAUAUGAUAAUGCUGAUGAUGAUAAUUCUUUAAUUACACAUAAUUCACCUGCAACAAUUAUUUCCAUUAUUCUACUUAUAUUCGGUAUAAUCAUACUACUUAUUUUAUGGAUGAAAUCAAAUCAUUAUAGAAUGAUGAGCACAUCUAAUUAUCGUUUUGAUAAUAGACAUUUUAAAGUCAAUGCGAGUAAUGCUUUAAAUCGUUUACAUGAUUGGUUUAUACCAUGGAAACGAAAUCCUUUCACUGGAUUAGUGAAUAAUAAUAAUAUCGAUGGUUGGAAUAAUAUCGAUCCAGUUUCAUCAACAUAUAAUGAUAGUCGAACUAAUUUAUGGCCACCGACGUCUACCACGACUUCAUCUAUGCAUAAACAAAUUGUUCAUUCAAAUCUAUUCAAAAUUAAUUGUAUACAACCAAAAAUAUUUAAUAAACAAUUUAAAACUACUCAAAUGAAUAAUAAUAGUAGUAAUAACAGUAAUGUUAACGAUAUUCACCAUUUAUCAGAUCCUAAUAAGAAUAAUCAUACAAUAAUUAUUCCAAAAAAGACCAUUUCAAUUCCAACAUUCAAAGGAGGAAGUGGAAACGUUCUACAUCAAUAUUUUCAUCGUCAUGAUACAGAUUCAACUAAUUUAUUAGAAGCAGAAGAAAUCCCAUCUACGUCUUCACUAUUAUCAUUAUCAUCCAUGAAUACAGUUACUAAUAAUAGUAGUAAUAGUUGUAAUCCGCGACAAUCAUUCGGUGAUCCAUUAACUUCAUUUGCAUAUAAAAAUUCUUUAACAAAAUUAUCCAAUGGGUCGACAAGAGUAUAUAACAAGAAUAAUGAGUGUAAUACUUCGUCGGUUACUAAUGCUACCAGGAAUAAUAAUGAUGAUUAUAAUCAUUCUAGUGAAUUACAUCAAGCUAUGCUACAACAACAACAACAACACCACAAUUCACCAUUCACUAAUCAUCAUAAAGAUAUUUUAGAUCAAUAAAUAAAGAAAUAAUCAAUUUUGCAUCACUUUAAACUGUUCCAUUAUACACACAUAACUUCCAGUACAAAAGUAAAGAGGGGGGGCAAUAGAAAAAACAAUUAAUGAAGGCAUUCAAUAAUAACAACAAUAACAGGAUUCAUAAUUAGUAGAUAAAAUAUGAAUCUACGGAAAAAAAAGAUCGGUCUUCUCUCUUUUUCUCUUUAUGUUAUUGUUGUUGUUGUUGUUAUGGUUUGCUCUUUUUUCUUCUUUUUUUUCUAUUCAAUGUUCAUUCGUUUGUUUGUUUGUUUUUAGUUUUCAUUUGUUUUAUUUUCUCUAUUUCAAUGUUAUUACUAAUAAUAAUAAUGAUGAAUAAUCUCAUCCUUAAAUAAUUUUUCUUACUAAAUGUAUUCAAACACAUACAUAUAUAUACAUAGGUGAUUUUUUUGUUGAUCA